AUGUCUCUGGAAAGAUUGAAACAAUCUCGAGCUAGUACUAAAAAAAAUAUAACACGUAUUAAGAAUAUUGUCAACGAUAGUUUGAAACCAGGGGGACAGCCGCUGUCGCCAGCGGAGUACAAGUGUCGACUUGGGAUUCUCGAAUCCUACUUUAAGCAAAUACUGUCGAUACAAUCAGAAAUUGAAGAAUUAGAUCCAGAAGACAACGCCCGCGGGGAUUUAGAAGAUCUCUAUGUAACGACGAAAUUGAGUAUUCAGACGCAAUUGGGGGAGGACCAUAACGCAACACUUUUAGAUUCCACUUGCAUAGUGCAAGCGAGCUCAAAAUUGCCGCAGUUGAAAUUACCCUCUUUUUCUGGAAAGUAUUCCGAAUACAGGAAUUUCAUCACGUCGUUCAAGCAAAUUAUUGAUCGCGAACCAAGUCUUUCCAACAUUGAGAAAUUCAACCACUUGCGCAAUUGCUUACAUGGCCAAGCUUUGGAAGCAGUUAAUGCGUUUCAAGUCACGAAUGAAAAUUAUUCUAAAGCGUUGGAAAGACUUAGAGCUCGUUUCGACAAUCCAACACUUAUUUUUUUGGAAAACAUCUCGUCGUUGUUCGAGCUUCCUUCGGUUUCAAAAUCCAAUUGUGUUGAAUUACGAAGUCUCAUUGACAACGCCUCUGCAAUUUUCGGUUCUUUACGUUCCUUGGGUACCGAAGGUGAAAUUGCCCAAGCCAUGCUAAUAUAUUUGGUUAUACAUAAGGCUGACGAUGACACAAAAAAGAAAUGGAAACAAUCAUUGGACUUUAAAAGGUUACCUUCUUGGGAAAACUGCACCGAUGUUCUGGAAAGACAUUGCCAAUACCUCGAGUCACUUACUGGCAAUAGCGCUUCCGCUCCGCUAACUCCGACAAAUAGUAAGGGCUCGAGAGGACACAAACAACAGAAGAGUCACACAUUUGCGCUUUCUAAUUCGCCAUGCGCGGUCUGUUCAAGCGGGAGCCAUAAGAUUUUUAAUUGUGAUCGCUUCAAAUCUUUGACCGUCAUACAGCGCUUUGAGCAAGUAAAACGAAUAGGGCUCUGUAUUAAUUGUCUCACUGGGGGCCAUCAGUUGUCAAGUUGUCCAUCAUUACAAAGGUGCAAAAUUUGUUCGCGACAACAUCACAGCCUACUUCACCGUGCUACAUCGAGUUCGCCAGAAUCUUCCAACUCUUUGAAUCAGUCACCUCAACCGCUAUCAACACCAGGUUUGUCUGCGACCUCAAGUCGUGCUACCACUCACACUCACUUAAAACACUCUUCGUUCGAUCAAGUAAUUCUGGCUACUGCCAUUGUCCUAGUUCGUGACGCUUCAGGCACCUAUAGACAGGGCAGAGCAUUGCUGGACUCUUGUUCACAAGCUAAUUUCAUUACCGACGAAUUUUCCCAAAGGCUUUUGCUACCCAGAAGCAAACACAAUAUUGAAAUCUGCAGUAUUGGGCAGACAUCAACCAACAUCAAGUACAAAACUACUACAUGUAUCAAAUCCCGAACAACCGGUGUCGAAUUGCCUCUAGCAUUUUGCGUGACAUCAAACAUUGCUUACGAAUCGGGAUUGGAGAUCGAUAUUUCAGCUUGGAAUAUACCAUCAAAUAUAGAACUUGCUGAUGAACAGUUUUAUAAGUCCACAACAAUUGAUCUUCUUCUAGGCACCGAAACCUUUUUUCAGUUUAUUAUCGGUCGGCCAGAUUAA